CAUCUCCUCCUUAUACCCAGAGCACCAACGCCUUUGUCAGAACAUUUCAUACCUCUCAGGGAAUCACAAGGGCUGGUCCUUUGUUAAGCUAUAGGUUAAAUAUUUUGUUCAGAAGAAGACUUGGAAUUUAAAAAAAGAAAAGACAGAAAAAAGAUAGAAAAAACAAGAGAAGGAUAAAUAACUUGUAACAAGAGGAUACAGAUUUCGUUAAGUUUUGGAAUUGUUUAUACCGCUUCAUACCAAAGACGUUUUGAUGACACCAAACUGUGACAGAUUUUAGCUUUAAUAUUUACUAAUUUAUUAUAACAAGCUCAGGAUGUUGCCGUCCAGAUUUUGGGCCUGUGUCCUGACUCUGAUCAUUACACUGACGCGGGAAGCUUUAAGUCUGGUGAAAGGACCAAUAAGCGUGUUCUAUUGCAAGUCGAGCGGGCUGUUUCCGCUGUCCUGGGACUGCUCGGGAUUCGUGCAGUGUGCACCCGCCGCGGACGGAUUUACCGCGAUAUGGAUGCCGUGUUCACCAGGGCUCGAGUUCGAUCCUAUCAGCAACGGUUGUUCCAUUCCUAAAAACAGAUGUGCAAAUUUAGCAAAUGUGGCCUCUGUGACGUGUAAGGAUAACCCGACGAUGGUGUUCCCUCACCCCGACAGCUGCAGCUUGUACUACAACUGUACUCAGACCACCCCCGUGGACGGCCUCUCCAAGUACGAGAACGAGUGCACGUACCCCACCCUGUUUGACGCCGACCUGCUGACCUGCAGCACCGCCACUAACGUGAACUGUGGCAAAAGAAACAAACCUUUAGACCAGUGUGGAUACCGACUGGAGUGCGGCCGUCCGAUGUGCGAGGGGGUGCCUGACGGGAUGAACAUCUACCCUGGCCAGCCCUUCGACGUCGAGUAUGUCGUCUGUGAGAACGGCACCGUCACCAACAGCACGCAGACAUGCAAAGUCGGGGUCUUUGACCCGAUAGUCAGGGUCUGCACUACGAACUACGCCACAUCUAUUAUCGCUUACUGCACAUCGACUCCUUCUGCCAUUUUCUCGAGCCCGACCGACUGCGCAAAGUACAUCGACUGUUCUGCGCAGUCGCACAACGCCAAACUGAAUCCUUUCGAGAACGAGUGCGAUUACCCGAUGUUGUUCAACCAGGUGACUAAAAGAUGCGAAAUUUACAAUAAAGUGAAUUGUGGUACCAGACCAGUGCCAAAAGCUCCAUGUGACUACACGGUGGGUUACUGUGUCACGCCCACCAGCUGUAUAGACUGUGCGGCCACGUGCGUGGGUAAAACAAACGGCAAACACACAUAUCCGGGCACUGCCUCUACCAACAAGUACAUCGUCUGUCAGGACGAGAGGACGAUGGACGUGGCGAUUUGCACUACGGGUCAGAUAUUUGACCCCUUCGUGGCGCAAUGUGCCGCCGAGAUGUCCACAGAAUCGCUGAACAGUAUCUGUAGCAGUAAUCCGACCCUGAAGCUGGAGCAUCCCGGCGAGUGCGCGCAAUAUUACGACUGUUCCAAGACGACGGCUUUCGGCAACUUCCGGAAAUUCGUCAAGGAAUGCUACUACCCGUUCUUGUUUGACCCCAAUGACAGCACGUGCAAGAAUCCAUCUUUAGUCACGUGCGGCUCUAGAUCGGAACCAAAAUCUCUUUGCGAGUACCUCCAGUUCCAGUGUGUCGGCUCCAACUGUGCGCCAUGUUCCGACGUGCUGCCCGAGUGCCCCGCCCAGGACGGCAACGCACCAAUCAGACUGAAGGAGAUGACACGUGACUAUAUCAUCUGUCAAGGAGGCAGAAUUGUGGGCGUGGACCAGUGCGCGCCGGGUCAGAUAUUCGACAUGUUUCUGAAGGUCUGCACGACAGUAAUAGGAAAAGCUGCUUUCCUUUCGUAUUGCACCACGUACCCAACCGGGCGGAUCCCGAACCCCAUGCAUUGCGGCCAGUACUACGAUUGCGCCACCUACCAGCAACAUGGCGAUCCGGUCCCGUCCGACUGUCCGUACCCACAGGAGUUUGAUGUCCACACCAAGCGAUGUGCUCCUUUUCAUAUUACUUCAUGCGGCGGGCGGGUAGAGCAAAAAGAACCAUGUAGCUACAAGUCCAUGCACACGUGCGUAUCGCCGAGCAACCCCGCUACAUGCACGUGCAACGUUCCCUCGUGCGUCAAUCGAAUGGAGGGGUACACGAGUGUCCUGUCGUCUGACAAACGCCAGUUCUACGUCUGCCGAAGCCAACGAACGUUAAUCUCGUCAUGUCCCGCGGGGGAGAUCUUUGACGUCAAGAGUGGCGCAUGUAUACACGGAACAGCCAACACGCCGAUCCAAGUGUCGUCAUUCUGCGCGCGGAACCCCACGGGCCGGAUCGGCCACACCGACUUCUGUCACAAGUACUUCGACUGCUCCAUCGACCCGACCAACACGGAGUGUCAGUACCCGCAGCUCUUCGAUAUCGCCACCCGCAAGUGCGUGCCCUACAACCAGGCCACGUGCGACACGCGGGCUGUCGUCAAGUCUCCCUGCGAGUACGACUACUUGGUCCCGCCCUGCCUCCCUAACCAGCGGUGUCCGCCCUGCACUGACGUGUACCCGUCGUGUGUGGGCAAACCAAACACAUUCAAGGCGCCAGUCCCCACUGAAGCCACCAAGUAUUUCGUGUGUACGGACGAACGGACGUACAUCUACAGCUGUUCCACAGGGCUCGUCUACGAUCCAGCGUUAAAGAAAUGUGCAAAACCAAUACAAUACAUUACAACAGCGACGGAAGCCGCCGAAAAAUGCCGACAACAGCCGACAGCUAUAAUUCCGAAGGGAGACAGCUGUUCGCAGUUCUAUGACUGCACGAAGAUGAACAGUCUGCUGGGAGCGUAUCUUGAUGAGUGUAACUACCCCGAGCUCUUUGACGUCACCAAGGGGACAUGCGCAGCAUAUAAUACCGUGUCGUGCGGCAAGCGACCCGAACCUAAAUCUCCUUGCGAGUAUCUGAAUCUGAAUUUCGACUGUAUCCCUCGCGGCAGGCCGUGCGCGGCGUGUGAGAUGAGUCGCCCCUCGUGCAAGGGUCGCCUGAACGGCUUCAAGGCGCUGGUGGACGCCUCCAACAAGAUCAACUACUUCGAGUGCCGGGACGAGCGCACGUUCUUCAAGCAGUGUCAAGCGGGAUUCAUCUUCGACCUCACCAAACUUGCCUGUCAGAGCACCGACUCACAGCCGUCUGUCGAACCGGGCAUGAAGGUGACGUCAGAGGAAGCGUGGGAAGUGUGCCGCGUCGACAAGACGGCCAUGUUCCCUAAGGGAGACAACUGUGCGCAGUACUUCGACUGCCGCAGCCCGUACAGCCAGUAUGGCGCAUACGUGGAGGAAUGUUCGUACAGUGAGCUGUUCGAAAAGACUACCAAGAAGUGCGCCCCGCACAACACCGUGAACUGUGGCCUGAGAAUGGAGCCCAAGAAACCAUGCGAGUAUGUGGCCAACACGUUCAACUACUGCGAGAUGAAGACGAGCUGCGCGGAGUGCGAGGCGACGCUGCCGUCGUGCGUGGGCUACCCCAACGGCCACGGCCUCGCCAGCAAGACCAACAGCAGCUUUGGCUUCGUGUGUCAGAACGACAGGACACUGACCGUCGUCUGCCAGGCCGGCUUCAUCUUCAGCAGUGACAUCGGCCGGUGCAAGUCCGGAUCCACGAGCAAAGUGAAUGUGUCGACGUCUGCUGAGGCAGUCAUGUAUUGCAGAAAUCACCCGACCGAGCUCGUGGCCAAGGCCGACAACUGCGCCCAGUACUACGACUGCAGCAGCUCGAGCAGCCCCUUCAAUGAAGCCCAUCUGAGGGAGUGUCAGUAUCCGGCCUAUUUCGACGAGGCCAAGGCCACAUGCGCAGUCUACUCCUCCGUCACGUGUUCUGGCAAGUCAACGCCCAAGGCGCCAUGCGAAUACCGCUCCAUCAACCAGAUCUGUCAGAUGGGUCUGCCGUGUCCAGCCUGUGAAGCCAUCCAGCCAUCUUGUGUGGGCAAAGCGAACGUCUUCAAGGGACCAAUCAGCGCCGAUCCAUCCAAGUACUUCGAGUGUAUGGACGAGAGAACCAGCAUCCAGUACUGCAGGACCGGAACUACGUUCAACACCGCCACGCUCCGGUGUGCCGCACAAACACAGCCCGACAUUAAAAUAACCUCGCCCGCUGAGGCCCAGCCCUACUGCGCCAAGGACAACACAGCGAUGUACCCCCAUGCCGGGAACUGCGCCCAGUUCUUCGACUGUUCCCUCCUGUCACGCGGCCCCUUCCAGUCGCCCUACCUCACCGAGUGCUUCUACCCUUCCCUGUAUGACAUCCCGCUGAAAAAGUGCCGCCAUUUCACGCUCGUCAACUGCAUGGGCAGAAUGGAACCCAAAGCAUCAUGCGAAUACCUGCGCGUGAAGUGCCCUGACGGGAUCUGUGACCCCAACAAGCCGUGCAAGGAGCCGAGCUGUGUGGGUCUCCCCAACGGCCACAACGUCUACCCCGGCAAGGAGAUGACGGAGACGUUCCUCGAGUGCCACAUGGAGCGAGUGACGGGUAUCAUGACGUGCAGCGCCAACCAGUUCUUUGACCCGCUCAGGAAGAAGUGUACCGGGUCGCUUACACAGGAGGUGAUCAACUGGUACUGUUCCAAGUUCCCCAACACUCGAGGAUACCAGCCGCUCAACUGCGCCCACUCCAUCGACUGUGGCGCCGUCAACCAGAUCAUAGAGUGUGGCUACCCGAAUCUCUUCAACGGAACCCACUGUGACAGCUUCAAGAACGUCAUCUGUGGACGACGCUAUGAACCAAAAGCGCCAUGCGAGUACGAGCAGAACCAACAUUGUCCGGCCUCCAUGUCCACGUGUAAGCCCUGCGCCGAGCGAAUUGCGUCGUGUGUGGGUCUAAAAGACGGAACGAACCCGUACCCCGGGAAACCCCCAAACCCGCUGUUUGUCGAGUGCGACAGCAACCGAACCAGCGCCAUUGUACAGUGCACCAACAACAUCUACAACCCACUGCAAAACAUCUGCGGCGGCAUCUUGACUAAAGAGUACGUAUUGGACCAGUGCGCUAAGUUCCCCACGGAGCAGUUUCCGGACCCCACGAACUGUGCCCUGUACUACGACUGCGCCGACCCCACGGCCAGCCUGAUCGGACACAAGUACCUGAAGGAGUGCCCGCACCCCACCCACUACUCCACCAAGCACAAGCGCUGCAUGGACGUCACAGUGCCGGCGGGGACCAACGACCUGCACUGCGGCACGCGCUGGAAACCUUCGCACAAAUGUGACUAUUUGAAAAACUGCCCCACCCCAGAUAACUGUCCUCAGUGUACCAACCCUGUUCCAUCCUGCGUGAACAAGGCCGACGGUUACUACGGUUCCCCAGAUAAUGACCCCACACCAGUCACGUGGUACUAUUGUGUUUCCGGUACAACGACUGCUUCGGGAGACUGUAGUGCUGGGAAAUAUUUUGACAGAAAACGUGGAUGUGUUGCGAAAACAGUUUAAACUCCUUUUUUACCUAAUUAAGCUUGAUUUGGAAAAGUUGUUUAUUUAAAAAUGUUAGUGAACCAGUCAUUUGGAGUAUAAAUACUGAUACUAAAUAUUCUAAAAAGUAUUUAUAAGCAUGUAUAUGGCCUAGAUGGGCUAGAAUACCCAUUCAGCAGUCUAUUUUUUAGAAAUUAUCUAAAGAGUUGUUAAUUUUAUUUUAUUUGUAAAAACAUGUAAGUUAAUUAUGAGUUUGAUGAUCAUAAAUUGUGUUAUUUUAAAGGUACCAAAAUAAAUAUUGAAGACUUUUUUUAAUGUGGUAACUAUACCGAUGAUGAGUUAUUUAGAAAGUUAUUUAGAAUUAAAUGAACAAUGUUUUUAAUCUUCUGACACAGCAGAGUUUUGCCGAACCUCGGUUUAAAAACAUCGUUAAAAACCUGAUUGACUUGGACUUUGUUGGAGGAUUUACGGUUAAACAAACGAGUUGUCAAAUCAAGACAAACUUCUUUCUUUUCUUUUUUUUUUAAUCCGCUUGCUUAUUUACGGCUCUUGAAAAACGGCACUACUUGCAGUUUCGUGAUUGGAACAUUCGAAAUGCACAUCCUAUCUUGUUUUUGGUCUUUAGUGGAUUUUUCGAUGGAAAUACUUAACUAAUAUUUCACGCACCAUGCACCCGUACUUAUAAAACUUUUAGAGUCCAGACUCGAUCUCAAAUGACGUCACACGCAUACAAUUUGUAUGGCGUUGUCAUGACAUUAGUGUCUCAGACUCUAAAAGAGUCUCGAGUCGAAACACUUAAAGUUUUAUAAGCACCAGGCCAGAAAUUGAUGAAAGAGGACCUUUAUCAGUGAAAACUAUUUAUCUCCAUAGGCUACUGAUAAUCUAACAUUAACAUCAAGUAUAGUGAACUCCAGUGAAAACGCAUCACCCAAUUAUUUAGCUGUUAUUGCAAUCGCAUAUUUGAUGUUGCUAUAAAACACACAACAGUCAAUAACCCUAAUCCUUAUUUACAAUUUGAGGUUAUAUUAAAUAAUCUACCAAAAUACAUCCAGUUAUACAAAAUCUGUUAAAUGUAUCAGGUUUUUCUUCUCAUAUCCUUUUUUACAACCACGAAUCUCACUCAUGCGUUUUGAUUGGAGUUGAGUGUAGUUGUUUUUGCACACGUUAUUCGUGUAAUACGGUCAUGUUGCACGUUGCAAAGAGAAUGGCUGGCUCAUUCUAGUCAUGUGUCCUAUUUUACUACAUUUCUGUCAAGUAUGUACUGUCGUCAUUACAGACAUUGUUCUCAUAUGUAAACAUUUGAAAAUAUCUAUUAUCUGAUGAUAUAUUUUGGAGUGGUGAAGAAUCUUAAUGGUGUAGUUUUUUGCAAAAAUAAAAUAUUUAUAUACA